AUGCUAGAUCUUGCCGACUCCCAAGGUCCUCCAGCUCCGCAGUCGUCACGCGUGCAAAAGCAUCCUGCAACCUUUCAAUGCACUCUUUGCCCAAAGAGAUUCACACGAGCGUACAACUUGCGAUCCCACCUGCGCACCCAUACCGAUGAACGACCUUUCCUGUGUACAGUCUGCGGCAAGGCCUUCGCACGUCAGCAUGACCGUAAAAGACAUGAAGGCUUGCAUUCCGGCGAGAAGAAGUUUGUCUGCAGGGGUGAUCUGAAAACGGGAGCUCAGUGGGGUUGUGGAAGACGCUUCGCACGUGCCGAUGCCCUCUACCGCCAUUUCCGGUCA